AUGCAAAUCAUACCCCGCCACGACAUUGAGGUUUUGCACCAAUGCGAGAGACUCAUGAUGUUGGAAUCGGAUCCCGCCAGCGGCUUGAAAUCGGUCAUCGGCAUAUUCUGGGGCGUUCGAUGUAACGAGGCUUAUCGGGUCCCAGUUUUCUUGAGAAACUACAGCGUCCUUUACACCAUCAAACAUUUGGAUGUCAGCAGCUGGGUCAGACGCAAGAAAUCUGUAGUCGCCGAUCGCCAUAUAAACCGUAGAACCAUUUCGUCCAAUGACGGUCUGUCAUUCACGCUCUAUUUCAAAGAAGGGUCUACUCACAAUCAUCUCAUAUCCAAACUCCACCCUAGACAAUAUUGCAUGGGCAACAUCUUAAUGGUCAUGCACUCAGCAUUGACUAGUGAACCGUUGUCAAUCCCAGCUGACCUGGUCGACAGCGUGACCGAGAUCAUGCUCAAGUACGUUCUGUCCAUACCCUCCGAGGCUAAUCACAAGUUUGAAGGUGAGAGUCGGCUCGACAUGCCCAUUCUGUCUGUGUCCCCCGACCUAUUCAAUUCAUUCAACUCCGGAAACUUCGACGACUUUCUCAGUAAAUUUGACAAGCUACAAGUCGAACAUGUACCUCUGCUUGCUCCCAGGGUGAACCGCUACAUACUCAUGCUGAAGACUUCGGAGUGCCCAAGUGCAUACCAAGUCUUCUUCUGCCCUGAACUAUUGGAGCAGAUCUUAUACAGAGCAGACCUGUGCAGCCUCACAGUUCUACAUGAGGUGUCGCGUUACAGUUGUGAUUGCAUGCAAGGGAUGAUGCGAAGAAGAAUGCGGGAGUUGCUCUCCUUGUUCCUCCCCCCCGAACACAUCCAACCUUUCCUCACACUCUUGGAUUACACUCAGUCUUCAAUUGGAGGCUCUUUUGCGACCUGCUUGUUAAUGUGGGAGAAAGGUUGGAACCCCAUGAACUUGAACUUAUUUGUGCCGUCCACGAUGCAUUUAUGUUGGUCUCGGUUUUUUGCCGCUUGCCCAGAAAAGAAGACCAAGGUGAAGAAAUGGACACCGUCUACCAUUAAUAGAGGAACGUCCCUCGUAGAAGAGAUCUGGACUUUGGGUGCUGGAUAUAGACAAAUUCACAUUUCAGAGGGCGACUACUCUUCGGUUUUGGGUCGGGCUUGGGACUACAGGUCUUCGGCUGAUUUGAACAUGGUCACAGCUACCUUGAUAUUUUGCCCCUACCCAGUGUUGACCAUGCAGUAUAAAGCUUUAGCCAAAAAUCCGGAAGGCGUUCAUCCAGGCUAUGUCCUAGAUAUGGAGGACAAGAAUGUGCAAAUCCUGCUCAACACUGGUGGCUUCAACAAGCCAUGUCAAUAUAUCUGUCUGACUAUUGACCGCAAAUUCAAGUAUUUACGCGGGUUUGCGAAGCUGACUUUCUACGAAAACAUGAACAACAUUUUAUCCCAACCUCAGGAAAGUGUUGAUGUCACGACAUCCUCGUUUUUGUGGAGAUUGGGCGACGAAUGCCAUAACCAGCAUUGUCACAAUAGUUGGAGAUUCAAUGACGUCCCGGUUCUGCAGCCACUCGUACUAUAUUUUCCCAGCCAGGCAACGUGA